CCAGAUAUAGUUGGGUCUAGAAUUCGGAAGCCCCAACAUUUGUGCCCGUUUACGUCUCUGGCUGGCCGGUUUCUUGGUUCGUCUCGUAGAAGUCACUCCUAUAGUCUUAUCGGCUCUCAGUCUAUCCUCGUUACUGUCAUUCCUCCAUUUCCAUCUCUACCCAGCUGCUGCUCGGAGCUACAGUAGCGUUACUCAAAGCCCUAAACCCUAAUUUGACCGGCGAUGGCGUCAAUCAACUUCAAUUUCUUCGACAAUUGGUUCAAUAAACCUCCAAACCCUCUCCAGCCGGUGAACUUGUUCUCUCUGGCCAACUCAUUCUCUCCGAAACCAGCUGACUCUCCGGCUUUUGCUUCCUUGAGUUCCUCAAAUCUCUUCAGUAAGAAGCCCAAAAAGCCCGAGGAGGAAUCCCCGGAGCCCGGGUACUACAAGCAAAUGGUGGACCAGUUCUUCUGGGAGCACGAAAACGACCCCGACUAUCGACACACGCCGGAAGUGGAGAAGAUCCUAAGCGAUGACCCGGUAUUCGAGAAGAAGGAGAAUCCGACGCCGGAAGAGCUGAAACAGAACGAGGAGUGGUGGAGAGAGUUCAGGUCAAAUCCUUUGGUGGAGUUCUGGUCUCGAGUGAUAGAGAUUGACGACAAGAUCAACGAGCUGGAGCUGAGGGAGAACUCUAUUCCGUAUAGAUGGGAGGACAGGAAGAUCUGGCAGGCGGUGCCGCAUGUCCCUGGAGAGGACGGGCGGCCGAUGCCGAGGAAGGCGAUAAUGACGAGGAAACAGAGCGACGACAAGUUUUGGGAUUUCGCACGGCAGUUCUUUUUUGGGCUUUGGGGGUUUAGGCAGAGACCUUACCCCUCUAGUCGGCCAAUCGAUGUUGCUCAGGCGAUUGGUUACCAGAAGCUAGAGAAGCGCUACUAUGACUUUAUCAUGAGAAGCGGUGGGUUUUACUAUAAGGAUCGAUUGGGAAGAACAAGAGGACCGAUGGAGCUAAUACAGCUGAAAACUGCGUGGGGUGGUGGGAUAAUUGACAAAGACACGUUUGUGUGGAUGGAAGACAUGGACGAAUGGGCACCAAUCCACAUGAUUUAUGGAAUGGAACCUGCAAUUGCCACUUGGGAAGUGAGAUUUGGUGCAGCAGCAACAGCUCUCCUUAAGAAACUACAGCAUGGCAUAAAGCCGUGGGCUCCUCUUAAGGGACAUGAGCCAAAAACCUAUAAGCAGGUGCAGCAAGAAGCUAUAGAGAGCAGAAAGAGAGACUUGGCAGUUCUGCAAGCCAACGGUGGUGUUUGGCCUGGAGUCAGAACUCCAAGCCAUGCCUUAUUUCUUUGGGCUAGUGGUCCUGAACUUACCCCUACUUUGGAACAGGAUCAUAUGCCUAACAAAUACAUCCCGAAAGACCUCAGACAACGUUUAGCGAAGAUCAUCCCUGGACUAAGGCCGUGGGAGGUAUUGAGUGUGGAGCAAGCAAUGGAUAAAAUAACAUACGGUGGACAGUGGUACCGUGAGCCACUAGGAGCAUACAUGACUGGUCCUCCGUACAUCAGGCACUGGAACAAGGAUGUUAGGAGAAUACUUGAGAUCUUCUACAAUCUUGGUUCCCAAGUUUAUAGCAAGCUGGAGAGGACAAUCCCUGGCUUUGAUACGGUGAUGGAGAAGGUCCAGACCGAUGCUGAUGCGAGGGAUGCGAGGCGCAAGCUGAAGAGAGAUGCCCUGAAGAAAGCUAAAUGAGACAAGGUCUUAUAUAGACGGGUUUAAGUGUGUGAUGUGCCGUGUAGAAUUGUUGCUUGUUAAGUUUGCAGCAAGGCAAUGUCAAGACUCAAGAGGAGGCUGCUUUCUUCCGGAAGAGACAGUAACAGUAGGCUGCUUUCUUUUGUUUCAUCUUGAAGCGGCCUUUGAGAGUUGAAACUAAUUAUGAGGUAAAAACGAUGUCGCCUUCUCAGACUGAAUUUAGUAGGUGAAGCCCAAACGGGAGCCUGGUAGUUGCGGUGGGUGGACGAACUCCACAUUGACCCGGCCCGGCCCGGCCCAGCCCACAGAAACAAAAAGGGAUUAAAUUC